AUGGGGAGGGGUGAUCGCCCAGAAUGGAAUCAAAACGAAAGCUUAAGCUUGUGCUUUGCCACUACUAUUCUCUGCGCAUUGUCGUCUCUUUCGUUCCUGCACAUUCUUGGAGAUUGGUGGCAGCCGGGGAUCGUGGACGAUCGAAGCAGUGACAUUCUGCGCUCUCCGGCCGCUCAAUCGCCGGCGCCGGGGGGGAGAUCGAGCGAUGGAGUCGGUGGCCGUGAACGCGGCGCGGCGGGUGGUCAGCAAGGCGCUGAGCCCGCUGUCCGGAGGGUUCGUGGAGGCGUGGGUGGCCAGCAAGGAGCUCGGCCCCAACGUCGGCGCCGUCAAGAUGGAGCUGCUGUACGCGCAGGGGAUGCUCGACAACGCCCGUGGCACCGGCGGCAGGGAGGCCCGCAGCCCCGCGCUGAGGCAGCUGCUCCUGGAGCUGCGUGGCCUCGCCCACGACGCGUCGACGCCGAGGACGUGCUCGACGAGCUCGACUACUUCCGCAUCCAGGACGAGCUCGACGGCACCUGCGAGGCCGCCGACGAGCACGCCAAGGGCUGCGUCGUCCACAACCUCUUCCUCAACACUCGCCAUACAGCCCUCAGCGUCGCGAGCAACCUAGUGCUCCUCCCGUGCGCUGGUGAUGAUCACCCUGACGCUGACGGUCGGCGGUCGGGAGAAGACAAGAACCGUCAGAUCGGCUCCUCGUGUGCUGGUGGUGGUCAAGUGAUGAACCGUCAGAUCGGCUCGUCGCCGUCGCGCACUCUCCACGCCGCCGCCGACGAGGAGGCUGUUGCCAGCAACUGCUGCAUGCACAAGCUCUCUCCCAGUGCUCGCGGCAACACCCAUCACAUCGGAAGCCAGUUCCUCCGCUGCACCUGUUCCUGCGGCAGGGUAUUGCAGAGGGAGGAUACGAUGAAAACACCAAAGCUGAAGUUCGAUAGGGUGGAUCUGUCCCAAAGAAUGAAGCGCAUUGUCGAACAGCUGAAGCCAUUGUGUGCCAAAGUCUCUACCAUACUCAAUCUAGAGUUGUUGGAAUCAAAUCGCAGCAUUGGCCAGUACAUUGCCAUGAGUCUCAAUGCCGAGUUUUCCAAGAAACCAGGGCAUGCACCUGUUCUUCCAAGCGGUUUUGCUAUCAGUCGGCCUAUGACCACUUCAGAGUUUACAGAUCCUACAGUUUAUGGGAGAAUGGAUGAAAAAAAAUACAACUAUUAAAAACAUUACUCAUGGUGAUUACUGUGACAAGGACCUGACCAUCAUUCCAAUUGUUGGUCCAGGGGGGAUAGGGAAGACAACUCUCGCACAGUAUAUAUACAAAGAAGUACAUAACUACUUUGAUGUUACCGUCUGGGUUUGUGUAACUCCCAAUUUCAAUGUGUAUAGAUUGAAAGAAGACAUUGCCAAGUCGAUCCCUCAACUCAAAGAUGAGAAAAACAGUGGUCCGCAUGAUUUGAUUGUGCAAAGCUUGGGAUCAAAGUUUUUACUUGUCUUGGAUGAUAUGUGGAAUUGUGGCCACGAGGAUGAAUGGAAAUAUCUAUUAGCAUCUCUCAAAAAAGGACAAACCAAGGGAAACAUAAUUCUAGUCACCACUCAUUUUCUAGCAGUGGUAGAAAUGGUUAAAACAAUUGAUAGUCCAAUACAACUAAAAGGGCUUGAUCCUCAAGAGUUUUGGGAAUUAUUCAAAGCAUCUGUGUUUGGUGAUGAGAAAUCAGCAAAUGAUCAUGCUAAUUUACUUGAGACUGGAAAAAUGAUAUCAAAAAAAUCUGAAGGGUUCCCCUUUGGCAGCGAAAACAGUUGGGAGGUUACUGAAAAAUCACCUUGAUUUGGAACAUUGGACAAGUGUCCUGGAAAGUAAAGAAUGGGAAUUACAAACCGGUGAGAAUGAUAUUAUGCCAGCAUUAAAGCUUAGCUACGAUUAUCUCCCUUUUCAUCUGCAACAAUGUUUUACAUAUUGUGCUAUGUUCCCUGAAGACCAUAAAUUUGCUAGUGAUGAGAUAAUUCACUUAUGGAUAGGACUAGACAUCCUACAUUCACAGGAUCAAAACAAGAAAAUUGAAGACAUUGGAUUGAGCCGAUUGAAUGAUUUGGUUAGCUAUGGAUUUUUUGAAAAACAUGUAGAAGAUGGGUCUUCAUACUACGUUAUGCAUGACCUACUACAUGAGUUAGCAUUGAAGGUUUCAUCGUAUGAAUGUCUUACCAUAUGUAGUUCAAAUGUCAAAUCUAUACAAAUUCUACCAUCUAUAAGACACUUAUCUAUUGUGGUUG